AUGGCCUCCGCCUCCGCCUCCGCCGACGCCGGCACCUGCCCGUGGGACGCCCUCCCGUCGCACCUCCAGGAGCGCAUCCUCUCCCUCCUCCCCAUCACCGAACUACUUCCCGUCGCCGCCGUGUCCCGCGCGCUCCGCCGCCUCCUGCGCUCCCCGGCGUUCCACGCCCUCCUCUCCCCGCACCGCCUCGACGCCUUCUUCCUCCUUUCCCCACGGCUCGCCGUCCACCCGUUGUCCCGCCGCGUCCUCACUUUGCCCGCACUCGCCGCGCUCUCUCCCCCUUCCUACCCGCUCGUCUCCUCCCCGUCCCCAUCACUCCUUAUCACCUGCGCCUCGCUCCAGUUCCUCCCGCCGUUCCCCGACGCAGCCUACCUCCUCUCCGUUAUCGUCCCGUCGCGCCACUCCUCCCCCUCCUGCACCCUCGUCGCCGUCACCACCGGCGCAGCCGUACGUUCUUACACCCUGGACACCGGCGAUCCCUCCCCGCGGUGGGCGUCUAGAGGCGAUCUCCCGCUGUCUCUCACGAUCUUGGGAAACGCCGCGGUCGUCGGUGACCGCGGCAAGCUCUUCGUCCUCGGCCGUGGCCCCGACGCGCUCUUGGUUUUUUUAUCUCGGGACGGGGACAUGGGAAGUGCCGCCUGUUGUGAUGCCACAAGGUCUCACCACGGCGCACCUGUUUCUUUUUUAUGGGAGUCUCUUCUUAGUAGGUGGGAUCGAGAGCUUUGGAGAAGUGGAGCGGGUGGUGGUCUGGCGGUUGCACGACGAUAA